AUGCGAAUGAGUAUGGAAGAGGCUUUAGUGGCAGCUACGCUGAAUGCUGCUCAUUCUUUGGGACGUGGUCGAACUCAUGGCGCAAUCAGCGUCGGUCGUCAGGCCGAUUUUGUGGCUGAACAGCACCCAUCACCGAUGCGAUCGCCAAAGCAGGAGGCUCCUUCGUUCACGACGAUAUCGUCGCUCUCGUCAACGCAAACGCAACCGGUUCAGAAGACAUUCGUUCCUCGGCGAAGUCGUAUUUCUGACAAGUCCGUACUGCCAAUCUCUGCUGAUAUUGCGAGGAAUCGGGAUUUCUACCGUACGAAUGAUGUCCGUCCACCGUACACAUAUGCAUCGCUUAUACGACAAGCUAUUAUGGAAUCACCUGAAUGUCAAUUGACGUUGAAUGAGAUCUACACCUGGUUUACCGAGACGUUUGCAUAUUUUCGAAGAAAUGCUGCCACCUGGAAGGCGACGUACUUGCGAGUACGAGACGACGUCGUUUACGUUGUCGAACAACUUGUAAAUGUGAUUAUCGAUCUUACAAAAAAUGGACGCUUUGCUGAGGAAGCAAGGGACUAA